AUGGCGACAUUGCUAAUCCCACCUUAUCCUUAUUCUGCGCCGCCCCUGCCGACGACGUCACCCCCGCGCGCGCAGGUAUUCAUGGAAGUUCGUCCUCGCUGCGUUAUCUCUCUCUGCCCGUCCGGAAUCGGAACACCACAUAUCUCGCUCGCCCGCCCCGAGGACGGCGCUGCGUACGUACAACACACCAUGGGCCUGGAACCAGACGUCGAGGGUAUGUACCGCAAGGGUCGCGCGUUCUCGCACCUGUGCUCGCCAUUGCCGGAGAUUGCGCGCGGAUCUGUCUGCGCUGGCUCGCUCGCUUGGGACGCGACGCGGACAUCUGACUGCCCCCGCGAUAACCGGUCGACUAGUACGGGGAGGCCUCAACCUUCGGGGAUGGGUCGUGCGCGCUGA